AUGCCUGCCCUCACCAACCUCGAACAGCUCACGGCCCUCGUCAAGCGACAAGGCGACUACAUCGAGGGAUCCGGCUUCAAGAAGCAAGGCAACUGGGCCGCUAGAAACGCAGGUAUCGUCCUUGUCUUUUGUAUCGCUGCUGUCCUCAUCCUCGGCGUCAUCUUCUUCACUGUUAGCGGCAAGAUGAAGAAGCGCCGAGAGCGUGCUGAGGCUGCCAAGGCCCGUGCAGGCGCAUAA